AACCCCAGGCCCCAAGAACACUUUGCAUAUUGUAUUAUGGACUCAUCAAGAAUCUCUCUCCGGGCGUUCCAACUCUCCGAUGCCGACGACCUCCUGAAAUGGGCAAGCGACGACAAAGUGACCCAUUUUCUGAGAUGGAACCCCAUCACCUCCAAACAAGAAGCCCUCAAGUAUAUCCAGGAGGUGGCCAUACCUCAUCCAUGGCGGCACUCCAUAUGCCUGGACGGCCGUUCAAUUGGGUACAUUUCAGUCAAGCCGGAAGCCGGAAAUGAUAGGCACAGAGCCCAUCUUGGCUAUGCAAUUGGCUCUUGUUAUUGGGGCCAAGGAAUUGUGAGCAUGGCACUCAAGAUGGCCAUUCCUGUUGUGUUCACAGAUUUCCCCUUCCUGGUUAGGCUGGCGGCUUUGGUGGAGCCUGAAAAUGUUGGGUCUCAAAGGGUUCUUGAAAAAGUUGGGUUUGUAAAAGAAGGCUUUUUGAGAAAGUAUGUUAAGGGUGGGAUUAGAGAUAUGUUCAUCUAUAGUUUCUUGUCCAGUGAUAAGGUUAACUAAUGAUUUAGGUAAAUUUUUAAGGAUGUAACAAACCAUGGCAAAUUAUACCAGGGACAGGAUCUAUCUUGCGUUAUAUAUUUGAUCCAAAAAAACAUUUAGAUUAUGUAUCUGUAGUUAACACAUCUUUUACCUAGAUGAUGAUUUAUGUACAUAUAACUAUCAUAUUAUUUA